CCCCCUGGGUGGAGCUGGGUCACCCGCAUCUACGGGAAGGGUCGGGCCUGCGGCUGCUGGCCCUCUUUCCCUUCUCGUGUCACGCUUUGCCUGGUGGCCGAAUAUCUUCCAUUCCGUGGAAGGCAAAACACUAGUUACUGUCACCACCACGACUCCGAGAGCUUUUAUAGCUUGAUCUGUUCGGAAAAGAAGCUACUGGGCUUUUGGGAAGAUGUGUUGGAGCAGCCGGAGGUGGAAUGUACGCAGGGAUCGAGCAGCUUGAGAGACUGCAUCGAGCAUGUCAUUUAAGAAGCUUAGUAGAGAAACAGCACCGUGAACAUACCACCCUGUUAAGAAGGGAAACAUUGCCAGUACUGCUGCUGUGUGCUUCUUCCCUACCCAGCUCCCAGCUUUCCAACCCAGAGCUUCAGUGCAGCCCUUUUCUCAGAGGGAGGCCAAGUGAUGGCAGCCACGCUCCUGACAUCCUGGCCCCAGAAGUCGGUGACCUUCGAGGAUGUGGCAGUGUACUUCACCCAGACGGAGUGGGAUGGCCUGUCCCCUGCACAGAGGGCCCUGUACAGGGAUGUGAUGCUGGAGAAUUAUGGGAAUGUGGCCUCCCUGGGAAUUCCACUUCUCAAACCUGCUGUGAUCUCACAACUGGAGGGAGAUGUGCAAACAGUCACCUGGAUGGAUAUGCAUCAGUAAGGCUGAGCUGGGGGACAAGAUUCUGCAUUUCUGUGCAGUUCCCAGUAAAUAUUGACAUCCAAACUGACAAUAAUUUGACAAAAGAAAUGUAUGAAGAAAAAGAUAAUACAGCAUUUGAACUUCAGAGGAACUUUUUCCAAAAAGCAGACUUUUCAGAAGCCUGUAUUCUAGAGAAACAGCAGGAAGUCCAUUCAGUAGGGAGUAGGAAGAAAGAAAGCAAUCAUGUCAUUGACAGAACAGUGAAAGAUGAGACAAAUCCUAUGGAGCACCAUUUUAGUCAAAGUCAAUAUUUGAAUCACUGCCAUACUAUCUCUACUCAAGAACAGUCUCCUAAUGGUACACGAUUGGAGGAAGCCUUCAACUUUAACACAAAACUUACUCAGCAUGAUAUAACCAAUAGUGGGGAAAGAGCUUUCAAAUGUGAAGAAGAAACCUUUAAGUGUAAUAAAUCUUAUUUUAAUCAACAUCAAGAUAGCUACACUGGGGAGAAGCUCUACCAUUGUAAGGAGUGUGGCAAAGCCUUUAGUGUUAAUGCAAAAUUAAUUUGGCAUCAAAGACUUCAUAGUGGAGAGAAACCCUUCAAAUGUGUAGAGUGUGGGAAAUGCUUCAGUUAUAGCUCCCAUUAUAUUACCCACCAGACAAUCCACAGUGGGGAGAAGCCCUAUCAGUGUAAUGUGUGUGGAAAGGCCUUCAGUGUUAAUGGGAGUCUAAGUAGGCAUCAGAGAAUCCAUACAGGAGAGAAACCCUAUCAAUGCAAAGAAUGUGGGAAUGGCUUCAGUUGCAGUUCUGCAUAUAUCACACAUCAGAGAGUCCAUACUGGGGAGAAACCUUAUGAGUGUAAUGACUGUGGGAAAGCUUUCAAUGUCAAUGCAAAGUUAAUUCAACAUCAGAGAAUCCACACUGGAGAGAAGCCUUAUGGGUGUCGUGAAUGUGGGAAAGGUUUCAGGUGCAGUUCCCAGCUUAGGCAGCAUCAGAGUACCCACACUGGAGAGAAGCCCUUUCAGUGUAAAGAAUGUGGAAAAGCCUUUAGCAAUAAUGCAAAACUCAUUCAGCAUCAAAGAACCCACACAGGAGAAAAACCUUAUGAAUGUACUGAAUGUGGAAAAGCUUUCAGUGUCAAAGGGAAGUUAAUCCAACACCACAGAAUCCACACAGGUGAAAAACCCUAUGAGUGUAAUGAAUGUGGAAAAGGCUUCCGGUGUAAUGCCCAGCUUCGACAGCAUCUGAGAAUCCAUACUGGGGAGAAGCCCUUUGAGUGUAAUGAGUGUGGAAAGGCUUUCAAUGUUAAUGCAAAACUAAUGCAGCAUCAGAGGAGUCACACUGGGGAGAAGCCCUUUGCAUGUAAUGAGUGUGGGAAGUGCUUUACUUCUAAAAGAAACCUACUUGAUCACCACCGAAUCCAUACUGGAGAAAAACCUUAUCAAUGUAAGGAAUGUGGGAAAGCCUUCAGUAUCAAUGCCAAACUAACUAGGCACCAGAGAAUACACACUGGAGAGAAGCCUUUUAAGUGUAUAGAAUGUGAGAAAGCAUUUAGCUGUAGUUCUGACUAUAUUGUACAUCAGAGAAUACAUACUGGAGAGAAGCCCUUUCAGUGUAAGGAGUGUGGGAAAGCCUUUCAUGUUAAUGCUCAUUUAAUUCGGCAUCAGAGAAGCCAUACUGGGGAGAAACCUUUCAGGUGUAUGGAGUGUGGCAAAGGCUUCAGCUAUAGUUCUGAUUGUAUUAUACAUCAGACAGUCCAUACAUGGAAGAAGCCCUAUGUGUGUAAUGUGUGUGGGAAGGCCUUCAGGUUUAAUUUCCAACUUAGUCAGCAUCAAAGUGGCCAUACCGAAGAAAAACCCUAAUAAUUGGAAGGAUGUAGAAAGCUCAAGUUUAAUGCUGAAAUGGAUUAAGUACCAUCAGGUUCACCUUAAUGGAGACCCCCAUAGGGAAAUCUAUAUGGUAGAACUUUUACAUGGAAACAAAUCCUUUCCAUUUUAUUUAAUUUUAGAUCAACAAUGAUGACCAGUUGAAAAGUUAACAUAUCAAAAUAGUUUUGUAUCAACAACCAAUUAGAGGAUAUAAUUUAUAAGUAUUCCAUCCUCAACAGCAUCAAGGAAAAUAGAUUUUUUAGAAACAAACUUUAUGUUGGACCUCUUUGGGAAAGUUUAUAAAUCUCUACUGAACAGAUCUCUACUGAGGAUCACAAAUGGAAACUUGAAUAAAUGGGAAAGAGAGAGAAACCUUGUUCUUGCAUAGGAAGAUAAACUCAUAAAGAUGUUCUGUAAAUUAAAACUCAUAAAGAUGUUCUGUAAGUUAAUUUAUUUGCCUUUUAUUUUUGACAAUAAGUAUGCAUUGUUUUUGCAGCGAGGAGAAACUAGUAAAGAUUUCACUUACAAAGAUGAGUAAAUGUUUUCAUGAAAUGGAAACAUUUUCCCUGGUUGUGCCACCAGGGAGGGCCCUUCAAAUAAGGCUUUUUUUUUUUUUUUCAAAGCACCCAGGCCAUAGGAUCCUCACUAAGGAGAAACAGACCUGGAGAUGGAUGGUACACUACCUGGUCAUACAGAAAAUCAGUGGUCCACAUCCCUUACCCUGGACAGGAUGAAAGGUAGAUCUUAGGCCCUCAAUGUGCAGGCCCCAUGUCGUGCCCCUCAGAAACCAAAGCAUCCAGAGUAAGAUGUGAGUCACUGGCAAAGGAGAGGUCACCCCAACUUCCUGGUUUGUAAAAAGCCUCUAGAUGGUCUGUGGGUAUAACAGUUGGGAGAGGGAGGGUAUGAUACUACUAAGUAUCAUAAUAGCUAGAAACCUACCAUAAGGGAAAUACUGAUAAAUUGACUUCAAAAUUAAAUGUUUUAAGUAAUCUCAAGG